AAGCAUAAGAAUGAUCGAGAUUGAAGAAAUUGGAUGCUGCCACGUCAAAGUCAAAGUAAGGGGUUACACUUACAUAUACAUAGUGUAUAGGAAGUUACAAAACUGGUAUCCAUUUCCGAAGCACGAUUCAUCACCAAUGGCGGAAGCGUCCUUCGCCUUCUUCCUUCUGUUUCUCCUUCCCGUAGCCCUUCUGGCCCUGCUCUUCUUCCUGGUCCGCCCUCGUCCCGUGAAGAUCCCAAUCAAGAACCGCCACGUCUUCAUCACCGGCGGAUCCAGCGGCAUCGGUCUCGCGCUGGCGCACCGCGCGGCGGCGGAGGGAGCGCGCGUCUCCAUCCUGGCGCGCUCCCCGGGCAAGCUGGAGGAGGCGCGCAAUGCGAUCCGCCUGGCCACGGGCAUCGAUGUGGCGGUGUUCGCGGCGGACGUGCGGGACUUCGACGCCGUGAAGCGCGCCGUGGACGAGGCCGGCCCCGUGGACGUGCUGCUCCUGAACCACGGCGUGUUCUAUGCGCUGGAGCUGGAGAAGAUGGAAUUGAGUGAGGUGAAGUUCACGAUGGACGUCAACCUCAUGGGAACGUUGAACCUCAUCAAGGCCGCGCUGCCCGCUAUGAAGAACCGCAAGGACCCGCUGCCCGCUUCCAUUGCCCUUGUUUCCUCACAGGCUGGUCAGGUGGGCAUUUAUGGUUAUGUGGCUUAUUCCGCGAGUAAAUUUGGCCUUCGUGGUUUGGCAGAGGCGUUGCAACAAGAGGUUGUAGCAGAUAACAUUCAUGUUUCUCUGAUUUUUCCUCCAGAUACCGAUACUCCCGGAUUAGCAGAAGAGAACAAGAGAAAACCAGAGCUUACCAAAAUCAUUGCAUCCUCGUCUGGUUCAAUGAAAGCUGAAGAAGUUGCUCAGAAAGCUUUGGAUGGCAUAAAAUGUGGCAAUUUUACUGUUUCUUGCAAUUUUGAGGGAAUUGCACUAUCCCUAGCAACUGCUGGAUUAUCCCCUCAGAGGUCUUUCUUAAUGGCAUUUGCUGAAGUUGUUGCUGCUGGAAUUCUACGGAUUGUUGCACUCUGUAUGCAGUGGAGUUGGUAUGGAAGUAUAGAGAAAUACCACAGCCAAAGGAAGAGUUCAUCCCGAAGGAGCUGAAACACUCCGAGUUCUAUGCCCUGUUUAGGAGUUACAUGCAGAUAUGGGGAUGUGGCUCUCUUCCACUCUGUUCCACAAUGAUCGUUAACAAAUGAUAACUCCAUAAACUUCAAUUAUUCAGUUUGUUUCUGACUUUCAUCCCUAUUACUUGAUAGAGAGUGAUGAAUGAAAAUACGGUACGUCUCGUUUUAAUGGCAUUUUUGUUGUGUUAUGCAUAUGUAUCAUUAGCAAUUUAGCAUCCUAUAUUUUGAGCUACUCAUUUUCCACCGUUGUACUUUUAAGUUUUAACUGUAACAAGUUGACCUUAUAAUUGUUUUCUUAUAGUGGAAAAGAUUUGCUUCCUAGUUCUUUUAA